AUGUCUUUACUCGCAUUUCGUCACGUUUUAACAAAACGUCGUCUUCUCUCAGUGCCAAAACGUGCUCUUCAUCUUCAUGCACCACAUUUUCAAGCACAAACUGAUGACAAUGACGUUCUACCUGUGCUUGAAACCACCCAAAUGAACAUGUUUACAGCCAUUAAUGAUGCCAUGCGUGUGGCAAUGGAGACGGACCCUUCAGCUGUACUUUUUGGGGAAGAUGUCGCGUUUGGUGGCGUGUUUCGUUGUUCUAUGGACCUUCGUGAGCAAUUUGGCAAUGACCGUGUUUUUAAUACGCCAUUGUGUGAACAAGGGAUUGCUGGUUUUGCCAUUGGUUAUGCGUCCACAGGACGUACGGCAAUUGCGGAGAUUCAAUUUGCAGAUUAUAUUUUUCCAGCUUUUGACCAGAUUGUGAAUGAAGCGGCGAAAUUUCGUUAUCGAUCUGGGAAUGAAUUUGAUUGUGGCAAACUCACUUUUCGUGCACCUUAUGGAGCUGUGGGUCAUGGAGGGCAUUAUCACUCCCAAUCACCUGAAGCAUACUUUGCACAUACACCAGGACUUAAAGUAGUCAUGCCUCGCAAUUCCGUGACUGCAAAGGGAUUGCUAUUGGCAUCGAUUCGCGACCCUAAUCCGGUUCUUUUCUUGGAACCGAAGGCACUUUAUCGUACAUCAGUUGAUGAGGUACCGGUGGGAGAGUAUGUGCAGAAUUUGAGUGAGGCCGAGAUUAUUCGGCAAGGUACCGAUGUCACAGUUGUCGGAUGGGGUGCACAAAUGCGAGUGCUUGAAAAAGCUUGCGGGUAUGCUGAGGAUAUUGGCAUUAGCUGUGAGCUUAUUGAUUUGCAGACGAUCUUCCCUUGGGAUGCUGAUACGAUUGAGCAUUCGGUCCGCAAGACUGGUCGAUUAGUUGUCAGUCACGAAGCUCCGAAAUCCGGCGGGUUUGCUGGAGAGAUAUCGUCCAGUAUUCAAGAACGGUGCUUCUUGAGCUUAGAAGCCCCUAUCCAGCGAGUGUGCGGGUACGAUACCCCCUUCCCGCUGACGCAUGAGCCGGUUUAUCUGCCGGAUGCACUACGAAAUUUUGAAGCAAUUAAGAAAGUCGUGGAUUACUAG